UUCUGGAGUAGGAAACUGUUCCAAUAACCCUUUAACAAUCUUUAUGCCCUUAUCUUUCUCAGAAUUUGGUGGAACCACGCAGCUUCACUGGUUCACUCUGACUCACUCUCUCCCUCACAAACUCAGAUACCAUGGCCGAGUUUUCCAUCAAUGACGAUUCCCAUUCCAGCCCGCAUCCUGAUUAUGCGGAAAUUGUUGUGGUGCGUCAUGGCGAAACAGCUUGGAAUGCUACUGCAAAAAUCCAGGGACACCUGGAUGUUGAAUUAAAUGAAAACGGAAGAGAGCAAGCAGCUGUGGUGGCUGAUAGACUAUCCAGGGAAGCCAAGGCUUCUGUUAUAUAUUCCUCUGACUUGCAAAGAGCUUUUGAAACAGCACAGAUAAUUGCAUCCAAGUGCGGAGGGCUAGAGGUUGUCAAGGAUUCUGAACUACGGGAAAGAAACCUGGGGGAUCUUCAAGGCCAUGUUUAUCAUGAAAUAGCAAAAACUAAUCCCAUAGCUUACAAGGCUUUUAUUUCUAAGAACGAAGAUGAAGAAAUACCAGGUGGUGGAGAAAGUCUUGUUCAACUUUUUGAUCGCAGCACAUCUGCGUUGCUUAGAAUUGGCUUAAAGCAUAAAGGGGAGCGAGUAGUCGUUGUCACUCAUGGAGGAUUCAUCAGAGCUCUUUACAAGUGGGCAUGUCCAAACGGAAGGCCUGGGAAGGUACUCAAUACAAGUGUUAGUGUUUUUCACCUGUAUGGUGAGGACAAAUGGACCUUAAAAGUGUGGAGUGAUGUCAGUCAUCUGAGCAAAACUAGAUUUCUAGAGUCUGGUUUUGGGGGUGAUAGAAAUUCUGGUUAGACCAUUGUUUCCCAUUAAAAGCCAUGAUUGUUUCCCAUCUGAAGUUAAUAAAAGAUUAGAGUAGGAGCGAAAAUGGAUGUAUUAAACAGUGGUGCUAAAUAUGAUUUUUGCCCCUAUUUAUAUUUUGUAUCUUAGCUUGCAAAUGUUUGCUUACUAUGGACAUGCCUAAACUAAUUCAUUUUUGUGAUGGUGGUGCUUCAAUCUCUAUCACAGAAGGUUCUUUUGAAAUCAUUUCGACUGUUUAAUGUAAUGAAUGUAAUGCUACAUUUAUCAUGAUAGUAUUUUUAUAUAACGGUAAUUUUUGUUG